UCUAAAUUGAUAUUGUUCACAUAAAUCUAACAUUCUAAUCUAUUUUUAUGUUUCUCUAAAGUUUUUAUUAGACAAAAUGACAGUGCACGUCCUUUAGGUUUACCUAAAAGUACAAUGCACGUCCUUAACGUUUAAAAGUUGCACUGCAAAUCCUUUACCUUUAAUUUUGUUGCAUUGCAAGUCCUUUAUGGCUAACGGUGUUAACUUUUACCAUUAAAUCCCCCACGUGCCUCCCACGUGAGGGGUAUAUCCGUCCAUUCCCUUCAUUCUUCCCCUUUAAAACCCUAGUUUCCAAAAACCAUCACCAUUUCCCUUCAUCCCUUUCAUCUGUAACCCUAACCCCAUACGUAUUUUCCCUUCAACAAAAAAAUGGAACCCUAACGAACUGAUAUCUCCAAUUCAAUGUCAGUUGUGUAUUGUUCUUGUGGGAGAGAAGCUACAAUUAUGAUAUCUAGGACAGAUCGCAAUCCUGGACGUCGCUUUUAUGGUUGCCCUCAAAAGGGUUGUCGAGGAUUCAUUCAGUGGGCAACUGAUGAACCGUUAGAUACAAUGCCAGCAUUGUUGAGGGCCAUAAACUUCCUUGAAUCUUCUAAUGAACAACUGCUAACUUCCAACCAUUUGCUUGAGGAAAAACUGAAAGAAACUGAAGCUGAAAAUAUGAAAUUGAGGAUGUAUUUGACUGUUAUUGUCUUUGCUGUUAUUGUAAUUGUCAUGGCUAGGUUGUUAGGGUAAUGGUCAUUGCUGUAUUAGUGGUUUAACGAGUAGGUAGUUGUAGUAAUGGUUCAAUACCAAGUAAUGUAAUGGUUUAACGAAUUGUAAUGGUUCAAUACCAAGUUGUUUGUGCAACGCUUCAA